UUCCGAUUCCCCGUACCAGAGAGACAUGGCCAUCAUUGCUGCUUCCUCUGCCUACUCUCCUUUUCAUUUUCCCCAAAUCUCUCUAUUAGUUCAGAUCCAGUGGAGUUUCGCUUCCAAUUUCAAGCCGUUAUGACGCAGGAAGCGCCGCCAGGAGUCCACGCCGUCGAUUUCCGUGCGCCGCCGCCCUCUCCGGUGGCGCCGGGGCGGCGCUCGUCGUUCGCGAACGACGACGUUUUGACGGAGUACCUGCAGCAAUCGCUCAGAGUUCCCGACCUCGUUCUCCCCGACAAGGUUUUCCCCCGCCAGAAGACUCUCCAAAACCCUCCGAAAAUCAGAUUUCGGGAUUUGGAAUCGCUGGGGACCGGCCCUGAAGGAGCAGAGAUUUGUCGAUUGAUUGCGCAGUUAGGGUGCUUGGAAGUGAUUAACCAUGGAAUAUCUAGGGAUUGGAUCGAUUUCGUUAUGGAAUUGGGGAACGGCGUGUUUGAGCUCCCGCCGGAGAAGAAGCGAGUGGUGGCGAGGUCGCCGGAGCGGCGGUAUGGAUUCGAGGAGAGUGACGAGGGGGAAGAGGUUAGAGAUCGAAGGGAGGAAUUUAUAUGGAUGGGUGAAGAAGAAAUGCGGGUGGAAAUGGAGGGAAUUUGGCCAUUCAGAUAUUCGAAUUUCAGCCAGGAAAUGGCGAAGCUGUCAGCUGAGAUAGCAGAAAUAGGAAGAACAGUGGUCCAAUUUCUAGAGCAGCAGAUCGCAAUGAGGAUCCGCCAUGGAAGUGGGGAGGAAGAAGGUUCAGGUUCAGAAAAUGUGUGCUGCUGCAGUGUGCAGAAACACCAGAAAAGGAGAGUGGAGGAAGAAGAAGGAGAAGGAGAGAUGAACGUAAAUGCAGUGAGAUAUGAUGUAAUAAGAAUGCUGAUAAGUGGGGGUGAAUUCCCACAUGCAUUGUGCCUCCAUUUGUGCAGUGGUGCAGCAGACUUCCAUGUUUACUCCAGAAAAGGUUGGAUUUCAUUCUCCCCUGAUCAAGAUUCUCUGGUGGUCACCAUUGGAGACAUGAUGCAGGAAUGGAGUGAUGGGCAAUACAAACAUGUGAUAGGAAGGCCUGUCUUCAAAGGUGAAGUUGAAGAAGGUAAGAAGAACAAUGGUAAUAUUUCCAUGGGUUUUCUCUAUUCUCCCCCAAACAUUAGUGUUAGAGAUGAUGAUGAUGGUGACACAGUUGUAACCAUUUCACUCACAAACCAAAUCAUUCUUGCCCUGCUUCUUAUUAUGAUCUACCAGUUCUCUGUUUUUGUCUACACAAGAUUUUUUUAAGUGUUUGGGGUUUGGGUACAUUUGUUUGACAAAUGUUGGUAUUAUUGAUUGUUUUGGAUCGCGAAUUGAGUGUAAAUCUAAGGAGUUGUGAGUGGUUUGUGAGCAUUUGUUUCUUGCCUACACUUGUAAGGAUAGAUAUAUAUAUAUAUAUAUAGAUAGAGAGAGAGAGAGAGAGAGAGAGUUUCUUGAAAGAGAUUGCCUUUGUAUCUUUGGUACCAGAUCCCUGCAAAUUAAAUUCAACUUGUGUU